AUGUUGAGAGCCAAUAAAGCAAGAGCAUCGAAGGCAAAGAGCCCAUAUGCCCGGCCACCACCAAGGACUUCUGUUGAGCGUAGUAUAGUAGCCACCACGGUGACCACUCAGGCAUCCCCAGUAUCAUCCACUGAACCCAUCAUUCCGACAGUCACCGGUCUCCAUUCAGAGGCUGCUAUUUCAGUGCCACCAAGAAGUUACGUGGUCAGCCAUGGAUCGUUAGCCCAAUCAGUACCCUUGCAGCCUGUUUAUGGGACUGCAGACACCCAGACUCCUGUUGUACAGACUUUACCCACCCAGCCGACAGUGGAGCCACAGUUGCAUAUACCAACAGCUGGCACUACAGCAGACAGUUCUGGAUCGUUUGGGUGUGGUGUUGUUUUUGGUGAUGAAUGGAGUGUGUUAGCUUGGCCGGAAAGUUGGUCCCAGGAGAUAAGGAGAGCCAUUACUUUGUUAGAACUUGUUCCAAUAGUAAUUGUUAAAAAAAAAAUUGUUUCAGAUUACAUAUGGAUCAUUGGAUCAUCGUUGAUUUAUUGGGCUCAGAAAUAUGCUCAACAGAGAGUGAAUAGCAACCUUGGAUUUGAAUCGCAUAGGAUAAUUUGGCAUGGAAUAAGGGGUAUGGUGUGGUCUCAGCUUUAUCCAACAAUCCAAAAGAAGUUAAAAAAUAACAACCCCCCAACAAUCCUCGUAAUACAUUGUGGUGGCAAUGAUAUUGGCAAUCCACAUAGUACUUUAAAGGGCUUACAAAUGUACAUGAAAUCUACCAUCGUAAAUAUUUCACAAUUAAUGCCAAAGACAGUUAUUGUUUGGUCUCAUAUCUUACCACGAAGUAAUUGGACCUUGUGUCUUUCUAACAAAGAUGGAGAAAAUUGGAGAAGAAUUAAUUCUGCCCUCGCUACAUUUGUUGUUAAGAAAGCAUGUGGGGCCUCCAUUAAAUAUCCUGAUAUUUUAAUUAGACAUGUAUCCCUUUUCCGCAAAGAUGGUAUACACUUGUCAGACUUGGGUAAUGACAUAUUUGUAAAUUCUUUAAGAAAUGCUCUUGGGCUGUUUUUGUCAACUACUGACAGAUUUUAUCCUAAUACUACUACUAGUCAAGCCUUGUCAUGGUCAAACCUUGAAUAG